UUAUCAUCAGUGUCUUCUGUCAACUUCUGUGUCUAUUCUGGACGAAUAAAGAAACGGAACGCCAAGCGGACCACUGCUGAUAAUAGACCAUGGCGGACGCUUAUCCCAUGUACGAUGACGAGGAGUUGGUGUCGUCAGCGCCCGACAGCCGAAACUACAAAGGUAUCGGUAUUGCACUGCUCGUCAUCAUCAUCGUAUGCGCUCUCAUCGUUACCGCGGUCGUGCUGCUCACUCCACCUGAUACCGGUCCACGUGUAAAGAACCCGCGAAUUUCAUUGGAGGAAAUCCUCACCGGAGCUUUUCAGCCUAACACCUACAAUGGUUCCUGGACGUCAGAUACCGUCCUUACCUUCAGAAGAGGAAAUGGAGAUCUGGUUCAGUACGACGUCUUGAAGAAGGAAACCAAAGUUCUCGUCACCAGUACAACUUUCCGGAUAAACAAUCUCGGGAACGACUAUUCAAUAUCUCCUGAUCAGCGUCAUAUGUUGAUGGCUGUGGAACGCAAAAGCAAAUAUCGACAUACUUUCGAGGGGAAGUUCAAGGUUCACGACGUUCACAAAAAGCAUAGCUACGAUCUACCGCAACCUUCGUCUGGAAACACGAAAGGUUUCGUACAAUUCGCUGGAUGGGGUAACCGCGGCUCUCAACUUAUCGUGGUCUGGAACAACAACCUCUACUAUUACAACUCCAUUAACUCUCCGCCGAUCCAGUUGACUAAUGAUGGUGUGCUUGAUGUCGUCUUCAACGGGAUGCCAGACUGGGUGUACGAGGAGGAAAUCUUUUCAUCGAACAAAGCUUUCUGGAUGCCCGCGAGCGGGAACAAGCUCUGCUUCGCGAAAUUCAACGACUCAAAGGUGGACAUCGAGCCGAUCCCGAGAUACGGCUCAGAGAAAACGCCCAGUGUCAACCAGUACACCCGGAUCGAAGAGCUCCGAUACCCGAAGCCGGGCCGACCGAUCCCCACGGUGGAUCUUUUCGUUUUCAAAUCACUGCCCAAGGAAGGUGAAAGCUCGACGCCACCUGCGGUCCAGGUCAGACCCCCGCAGAGUCUGCGUGGAAAAGAGUACUAUGUCACUAUGGUGUCCUGGAUCGAUGAAAACCGUUUAUUGGUGAAUUUCCUCCAUCGAAACCAGACGCACGCUGUGCUGGCGGUCUGCUCGGAUCAGAACCGCAAAAACGCCGACUACGAAUGCGUUGAGAACAAUGUCGAAUCGUCAGAAACUGGUUGGGUCGAUAUCAGCCAAGAGCCGAUCUAUGAUGCCGAGAAAACCGCAUAUUUCUUGAAAUUGCCGGUCAACGACGGGCUCAGAGGAAAGUUCUUCCACGUGGCUAAAAUCAGUCUGACGAACAACGAGAGAGACUAUCUGACCCACGGACCUUACGACAUUGUGGAUAUAAGAGCUUAUGACAAGACCAAGAGACUCGUCUACUUCAUGUCUGGCAGAGAAGAGGCACCCGGAGAACGACACCUGUACAGAGUGCGAGAUACGAAGGAAGACGAGAACAACGUCGAAUGUCUCACCUGUGAUAUGGGCGGAGGCAACUUUACUGACCCAUCAGAAAGCGAGUGUACCGUACUCAACGCUCACUUCAGCCCCACCGCUGAUUUCUACGUCAGAGAGUGCCUCGGACCUGGUAUUCCCACCCUCGCGCUGGUGGCCACCAAGAACAACACAGUCGUCGAAAUAAUGGACACCAACGAUCGCUUGCGGGAGCUGGUUCUAAGCCGAGCCAUGCCGCAGGUUCGCAAUUUCCAAGCGCCUCUCACGGACUCAUACAAUGCGGCCGUGAGACUCCUUCUACCGCCGGGUCUUCGAGACGAAGAGAUCAUCAAGUAUCCGAUGGUAGUCGAUGUCUACUCAGGACCCGGUUCCCUCGCCGUGAAUGGAAGGUUCGGCGUUGGAUGGGGUCAUUACCUCGCCUCGAGAAAAAAUAUCAUAUACGCAACCAUAGACGUUCGAGGAUCCGCAGGCCAAGGCGAAACUCGAAUGCAUGAGAUCUAUAAGAAACUCGGCGUAAUCGAGGUCCGAGAUCAGAUCGCCGUCGUUCGCUACCUGAAGAGCGAACUGCACUUCAUUCAAGAGAAUCACGUCGCCAUUUGGGGCUGGUCUUACGGCGGUUAUGUCACCGGAAUGGCAUUGGCCAAGGAUACCGAACAGGAUCCUGUGUUCUGCUGCGGUAUUUCGGUGGCGCCCGUCUCCAAUUGGCUUUAUUAUGAUGCUGUCUACACCGAGCGAUAUAUGCAAUUACCGACAGGGAACAGCAACCUGUUCGGCUACGAGAAAGCCGAUCUCACUCGGCAAGUCGAGAAUAUCAAAAGCAAGAAAUACAUGCUCAUCCACGGAACGCUCGACGGUACGUAUCGCGUCUAUUCGAUGGUGAAUGGUGAGGCUCUAUUGCUAUGGCAGAACUUUGUACGGCAUCAGGACCGAGUUCAUCUGCAUAAUAAUCAUAAUAAUGGCUGAAGCUGAGGGCCUUACAGUCAGUGUUAUCGUAUCCAGCACGUAUGAUCGUUAGCUGCAGAUGGUGCUGAUCUUCGAUUGGCAAUGGAAACCGAAGCUAUCGAUCAAACUCGAAACUUCAACCUAUUUCUGAGACCAUCCCUCGAUAAUCG